AUGAAGGGCAUGAUCUCCAUCGAAGCGAUCAACACAGUGGAACGUGGGGACACUCCUCCCCCUACACCUGCAUCAGGCACAGAUCCUAAUGCCACCAUAAUCAGGAAUGUCAUGAACGAGAUCGAGAAGAGGACGUGUGUUCGCUUUGUUAAACGGACCGACCAGAAAGACUAUGUCCACCUUGUGUCCAGGCAAGGGUGCUACUCGUACCUCGGUCGCAAUGGCGGUGAGCAACCGUUGUCCUUGGGCCGCGGCUGCCUCUUCAACGGCAGUGUGACGCACGAGCUCCUGCACGCGGUUGGCUUCUUCCACGAGCACUCACGCCCCGACAGGGACGACUACAUCGACGUCUUCCCAGAAAAUAUUAUAGAGGGUGAGCGAAUAUUCUGGCUGAACAUUGAAACGAGCCUUAUACCACCGCGUUUGCAUUGUGGGAUGUUCUGGAUUGUUUUUUUUUCUUUUGCGUUGCCGUUCGCCAAUGAGCUGGUCCCGUUAGGGACACGCUGUAAAAAUUUGUUCGUUUAUUCAUAUGUCGGUCGCGCCUACUUCUAUCCGUUGACGUCGAGUGUAAGCCAGGAGUACACGUGCAGGAUAAUGUGCUCGAAACUUAGCAACGUAUUGAAUCCGGCCUUGACGAUAUUCGUAAUGACUGCGUUCCUGCCAAACUUCAAGAAGAUAGCGCCUCGUCACAUCCGCUUGCUGACAGCAUUCGACUUCGACUCGGUUAUGCUGUAUGGCUCGGAUUCUUUUUCCCGUGGUAACGGCCUCCCCUCCAUGCUGGCGAAGAAUGGCGACAGGCUCAUCGCUGUCUAUAAGAAAGACGGGCUAAGCAGUCAGGAUGUUAUUCGCAUAAACACCCUGUACAAUUGUACACAAGGAUAACUGAAUCUUGUGCGCCUGAUGUCGUUUAACAAGUAGUAUAUGUCGUCAAAGGAGCCAGGAUUUGUUACGAACAUGCCUUUGAAAAAACGCCACAUGAAUAAACGGGAAUAUGUAUAAAGAAGGAGGUGGCUGUCGGCAGAAAAAACUGCUGGACUUGUGGGCCUCACUCGACGAUCGAAAUCUGAACGAUAAGAGGCGCUACCCAACAGUCCGAAUACAGUGUGAUUAAGUGUUUUACUAUGCUAGGAACACGUCCUCGAGGAAUAAAUGUUCUUCACU